AUGGCAUUAUCAAUCAAAGAAAUCUUCUCUAAAGAUAAUUUCAAGAAAAACAAGAAACUUGUUUUGCUUUCCGCCGCCGUAGCCUUGCUCCUAAUAGCUUCCGUCAUCGGAAUCGCCGCCGGAGCUUCAAAAGCAAACCAAAACGGAAAACGAACUCUAUCUCCGUCGUCUCACGCCGUGCUAAGAUCCGCAUGCUCCUCCACGUUUUACCCUGAGCUUUGCUUUUCCGCCGUGGCUACCUCUGGUGGCGUCAAGCUAACGUCGCAGAAAGACGUCAUCGAGGCGUCGCUUAACCUAACGACAACCGCCGUGGAACACAACUACUUCACGGUGAAGAAGCUGAUCAAAAAUAGGAAAGGAUUGACUCCACGUGAGAAGACGGCUCUUCAUGACUGUUUGGAGACUAUUGAUGAGACGCUCGAUGAGCUUCACGAGGCGGUGGAAGAUCUCCAUGUGUAUCCUAACAAGAAAACUCUCCGGGAACACGCCGGUGAUCUCAAAACCCUAAUUAGCUCUGCCAUUACCAAUCAGGAGACUUGUCUCGACGGUUUCUCUCAUGACGAGGCGGAUAAGAAAGUUCGUAAAGCCUUAUCGAAGGGUCAGAUACACGUAGAGCACAUGUGCAGCAACGCACUAGCAAUGAUCAAGAACAUGACUGAUACCGACAUAGCCAAUUUCGACCUAAAAGCUAAACUCACCUCAAACAACCGUAAGCUCAAGGAGGAGGAAGAGACUACGGUGGCCGUAGAUAUCGCCGGCGCCGGAGAACUAGACUCGGAAGGGUGGCCGACUUGGUUAUCCGCCGGAGAUAGGAGGCUUCUUCAAGGGUCUACGGUGAAAGCCGACGCCACCGUAGCGGCUGACGGUAGUGGGACAUUCAAGACGAUAGCGGCUGCGGUUGCGGCGGCGCCGGAGAAUAGUAAUAAGAGGUAUGUGAUACAUAUUAAAGCCGGAGUUUAUAGAGAGAAUGUCGAAGUGGCGAAGAAGAAAAAGAAUAUAAUGUUUAUGGGAGAUGGUCGGACGAGAACUAUCAUCACCGCAAGUAGAAAUGUCGUCGACGGUAGCACCACUUUCCACUCGGCCACCGUUGCUGCUGUCGGAGAGAGAUUCCUAGCGCGUGACAUCACUUUCCAGAACACGGCGGGUCCGUCGAAGCACCAAGCGGUGGCUCUCCGUGUCGGCUCCGAUUUCUCCGCCUUCUACCAAUGCGACAUGUUAGCUUACCAAGACACACUCUACGUCCACUCUAACCGUCAAUUCUUCGUCAAAUGUCUCAUCGCCGGAACCGUCGACUUCAUCUUCGGAAACGCAGCCGUCGUGCUCCAAGACUGUGACAUCCACGCUCGCCAACCAAACUCCGGUCAGAAAAACAUGGUCACGGCUCAAGGACGAACGGACCCGAACCAGAACACAGGGAUCGUUAUCCAGAAAUGUAGGAUCGGUGCCACGUCGGAUUUACAGUCGGUGAAAAGUAGUUUUCCGACGUAUCUUGGUCGGCCGUGGAAAGAGUAUUCGCAGACGGUGGUGAUGCAGUCGGAUAUCUCCGACGUGAUCCGACCCGAAGGUUGGCAUGAGUGGACCGGAACUUUUGCGUUGAAUACUUUGACUUAUAGAGAGUAUGCGAAUAGAGGAGCAGGGGCUGGAACUGCAAAUAGAGUUAAAUGGAGGGGUUUUAAGGUAAUUACUGCUGCUACUGAAGCUCAACGAUAUACCGCUGGUCAGUUUAUUGGUGGUGGAGGUUGGUUAGCUUCGACCGGUUUCCCUUUCUCGCUUGGUCUUUGA